GACUGACAGACGCUGCAGGAGAGGACUGAAAACACACAAGAGGAACACGGUUUAAUAUCUGCAGCCUUUUACAUCCAGACAUGAUGGAGCUCUACCUGGACCUGAUCUCACAGCCAUGCCGGUCCGUUUACCUGUUCGCCAAAGCGGCCGGGAUUCCCUUUGAGUUCAAGUUGAUCAGCCUGACUGCAGGGCAGCAACACAGCGAGGAGUUUGGAAAGGUCUCCAUGAUGAAGAAGGUUCCUGCCAUGAAGGACGGCAGCUUCGUUCUGACAGAGAGCGUUGCCAUCCUGAAGUACAUGGCGCAGAAACAUGCGUCUACGGUUGCAGAUCACUGGUAUCCAGCUGACCUGCAGAAGAGAGCUCGUGUUAAUGAGUACAUGUCCUGGCAGCACACCAGCAUCAGAGCUCAAGGGUCCAAGGUCUUCCUGCUCAGGACUAUGUAUCGUCUUGUCAUGGGCUGCGACGUCCCGAAGGAGAAGAUGGACGCUGCAGUCGAGGAGCUGAAUCAGUCGCUCAAGAUGCUGGAGGAGAAAUUCAUCGAGAACAAACCGUUCAUCGCCGGCGACAAAAUCUCUGUGGCUGAUUUGGUGGCUAUAGUGGAGAUCAUGCAGCCUGUUGGAACCGGCCUGAACGUGUUUGAAAGCCGGCCGAAGCUGAACGCCUGGGCAGAGCGAGUGAAGAAGGAGGUCGGCGUGAAGCUGUUCGAUGAAGCUCACGAGGGGAUCAUGAAGGCGAACAGUCUGCCGCAGACGCUGGAAAACACUGGCGUGCUGGAGGUGAUGAAACCACAUUUUAAGAAGAUGUUCAGCUGAGGAUGUUCGACUCAUUCGUGCCAAAAAAAAAAAGCCCCACAAUCUGUUGUCAUUUCAUUGCUGUGAGGUACUUUUUUUAUUAGCAGAGGUGUUGUGUAGGUUUGUCAUCAUGUAUGUGGAGUUUGUGUCAGUUUUCAGGUAAUAAAGUGUCUUCACAGCU